AUGGCCCGGAUCAUGGAGAGUUUUGGCAAGAUAAUGAUAUCGCGAAGGAGACUAGCUCACGUCGUUCUCUUGGUGGCCGAGUUCUGCGUCACCAGCACCGCCUGGGCACUAUGUCUCUGGGGCUAUCCGGACCGGUUUCGCUCCAGGCUCUGGGAGAACGGAGGCGCUCAGGGAUGGAACUCGGACCCGAAACAACGGAUCUACUACUAUGCCAACUACGAGGAGCCGCCUGAGGUGCCCUUGAUCUGGUCGCAGAGGUUGACAGACUCACAUCUCUGCAUCGCGGCUCUCUCCCUCAUCACCUGCGCUAUUCGUGUUGGGUUGCAGCCGCUGGGAUACCUCCCCCGUGCUGCUUCUAUCGUUUACGACAUCCUACUUUACUCGCUCUGGGUAUGGAUUCUGGUGGGACAGAGGUCGGGAGACUACUCAGAUUCUGUACACCCAUCCCCGUAUCCCUGGUACUUGGGACGCUCCUGUAGCGAAAGCUGGAGCUCGACGAGACUUGCGUGCCAUGUGGCUAAGGCGAACUUUGCCCUAUCCAUCAUUGCCCCCCUCAUCUACGGAUGCCGCCUGGCCCUCGAGGCAAUGAUAGUGACUUGGGAGAGGCAGUGUCGGAAGAAGGAUAAGGAUUUGCAGGUGUUAGUGAACGGGGAGCUAUACACGGAUGGUGAAGAGAUGGAUAUUAUCGACGAGGAGCAGCAGGCGCGACAGAUAUACGAGGCGGCGCUGAGCCCGGUCCUUGCAUUCUUCCCAGAAACCGCACGAUAG